UCACUUUCUGCCUGCUUCAGUUUCUUUCUUGAUGCCAUGACAUCAUCUUUACUCAUGAAAUUCCGUUUUUCCUUCCUGCAACCCCAACCCAUGUCUUAGGCCCCAGAGUCCCUAUAAAGAGGGGUUCCCAACUCUGAUCAGCACAGCACUCGACCAGCUUCUGAAGCUUCUGGGCCCUGCAGUCUCAGCUCUGUGCAAACCUAUCUCCCAGCAACACCAUGAAGCUCUGCGUCUCUGCCCUCUCUCUCCUCCUGCUCGUGGCUGCCUUCUGUGCUCCAGUGCUCUCAGCUCCAAUGGGCUCUGACCCUCCCACUUCCUGCUGUUUCUCUUACACCUCCCGGAAGCUUCAUCGAAGCUUUGUGAUAGAUUACUAUGAGACCAGCAGCCUUUGCUCCCAGCCAGCUGUGGUAUUCAUGACCAAAAAAGGCAGACAGGUCUGCGCUGACCCUAGCGAGCCCUGGGUCAAUGAGUACGUGAAUGACUUGGAGUUGAACUGAGCAGCUCCAGACUCACGACCGGAGGAGCCACUUCAGGAAAGGCCUCCUCAGCCCUGACACUUCUCAUUGAGAAGUGCCUUGCUCCUUACAUUCAGAUUUCCUGCCCCUCUUCUUAAUUUAAAUCUCUGUGUAGACUUUGUUGUUUUGUUUGGUAUUAUUUCUAUUAUUUAUGUUUAGUUAAAGGACAUGUGUCUCCCAUGGAGAUGGUCCACCAUCGCUGUUUCUCUGCUAUUGUGGAUAUGACUGUGAAAUUGAUUUUAUGCAUUUUCAUAAUAAAUCUUUCUUUAAGA